AUGAAGUUGUUUGUCUUCUUCUGCCUAGUUAUAGGGGCUUCGGCCUUGUCAAGAGAUGUACGUGUUUCAUUAAAAUUGGCGUAUGAACUCAAGCAAACACUGCCUGAAGGACAGCAUGCUGAUUUUGAAAAGUUCACUGAAUUUAUCAGGAAGUAAUUACUUUUUUAAUAUUUAAAUGUAUCCUUUUCGUACUACUGUAAGGGCUUUGACACCUUAAAAUCAUUGCUAUUGUACCGAAGUAAAGUGUAUCAUGUUGUGACUAAAUUGUAGUAAAUUACUAUAGUAUUAAAAUUUAGGUAUGAACGACAAUACACAACACCCGAAGAAGUUUCCCAACGUUUUUUCAGUAUCCAAAAGUCAAUAAAAAAAGUUGUUGUAGUGUCAGAAUCCGACCCUAUGGCCAUUUAUGGUUUGACAAAAUUGUCUGAUUAUUCAAAAGAAGAAUUGAAAAGAGUAACCUCAGGGUUAAUCUCUGAAUCUCAAAACGUUGAUCCAUCAAAAUAUGUUAUUCUAGAGUCUGAGGAAAUUCCAGAAGCUUUUGAUUGGAGAGAACACAAUGGAGUAACUCCAGUCAGAGAUCAAGGUGUUUGUGGUUCUUGUUACGCAUUUGGAAGUGUUGCUGCAAUCGAAAGUCAGCUACUAAUUCACAAGAAUUUAUCGACAUAUUUGAGUAUUGAAGAAAUUCUUUCGUGCACUUACCACAAUCAAAAGUAUGGAAACAACAAUGGCUGUCACGGUGGACUUCCAGACGGCGUUUAUGAUUUUGUUAAAGACAAUGGUAUCACAGAUAACGAACAUUGGGAGUACGACGACCAACACGAAUAUUUCAAUGGAACUUGUUCAGAAGUGAAACCUGUCAUAACCAAGCUUGAAGACGUCAUACUGCUUCCUCCAAACAAUGCUGAGAGCUUGAAAGCCGCUCUAUACACAUAUGGACCUGUUAGUGCUCGUAAGGUUUAG